UUGUGUCUCGAGCUGGAAAAGCGGCUUGGGUAGCGGAGCACUCUCCCUGCGAGCCGAGGUGAGAGAGAGAGAGAGAGAGAGAGAGCGUGCGAAGCUGUAAGGAGGACCAGGGCAACUGCCGCCACCCCGUCUUGUUAGUCGGAUUGACCGGCGAAGAGGAAAAAGCAGCUCUUGUCACAUUGCAAGGAACGGAUAGACGGCUCCGCGAAAGAAAGGAGGUGUGCGUCUUUCUCUCUCUCUCUGUGUGUGGGGUGCAAUUGUGCCCAUCCGGGAGAAAAAGAAAAAAAAAAAAGGACAGGGCUGGAGGACGAAUUAAUGGGAAGAGGAAAGCCAACCAACAGCACUUCUUCCCCGCUGCACACCCGCGCGAGCCUGGUUCUCGUGGUUAUCCGUUGGAUAGGUUGAGGGAGACACUGCGGCGGCGGCGGCGGUUUUUGCCGAGGGAACGACGAGCCGGGUGAGAAGAGGAGGAAGAAGAAGAGGAGGAAGCUGCGGUGGGGAGCAGCAGUAGCAGCAGCAGAAGCAGCAGCCGCCGCCGCCGCAGCCGCCGCGGGAUUCUCUUGCUUUCACGUCCAGCCAGCCGGAGGGAAACCUCCAGGAUGCGGCUGAAACCGAGCGUCGUCUUGCGCUUAUACAGCCUCUGCGGGAUCCUUAUACAAGUGGCUACUACAAAAAGCAAAGCUAAAGGCAGCCAAGGCCAGUUCCCACUCACACAGAAUGUUACAGUUAUUGAGGGUGAAACAGCAACACUGACUUGUAGAGUUGAUCAAAAUGAUAACACCUCCCUCCAGUGGUCGAAUCCAGCUCAACAAACUUUGUACUUUGAUGACAAGAAAGCCUUGAGGGACAAUAGGAUUGAACUGCUUCGAGCUUCAUGGCAUGAAUUGACCAUUAGAGUCACCGAUGUUUCAUUGUCAGAUGAAGGGCAAUAUACCUGUUCUUUAUUUACUAUGCCUGUCAAGACAUCCAAGGCUUUUCUCACUGUUCUAGGUGUUCCAGAGACUCCUCAAAUUAGUGGAUUUAUUUCACCAAUUAUGGAAGGAGAUUGGAUGGAACUUACUUGCAAAACAUCUGGUAGUAAGCCAGCUGCAGAUAUUAGAUGGUUCAAAAAUGACAAAGAGGUGAAAGAUGUUAAAUAUUUAAAAGAAGAGGAUGCAAAUCGGAAAACAUUUACCGUUAGCAGCACAAUGAAUUACAGAGCAGAUCGUUCUGAUGAUGGUGCAGUUAUAAGUUGCAGAGUAGAUCAUGAAUCAUUGAACUCCACACCUCAGAUAGCAAUGCAAGUCCUAGAAAUACACUAUAUUCCUUCAGUUAAAAUAAUACCGUCCACACUGUGGCCAGAAGAAGGACUAUCUAUAACUUUGAUUUGUGAAUCCAAAGGAAAGCCAUUACCAGAUCCUGUAUUAUGGACAAAGGAUGGUGGAGAAUUACCCGAUCCAGAAAGAAUGGUUAUCAAUGGUAGGGAGCUACACAUUAAUCCCCUAAAUAGAACGGACAAUGGUACUUACAGAUGUGAAGCAGAAAACUCUAUUGGCCUAAACAGUGCAGAGUAUGUUCUUAUUAUACAUGAUGUUUCCAACAUUUUGCUUCCCACCACUGUCAUCCCCUCCCUUACCACUGCAACAGUCACAGCCACUGUAGCCUUAACAGGCAUAGACACAGUCACAUCGGCAACAGCCAUCAACACCCGAGAUCCCAAUACUUUGGCUGGAAGAAAUGUACCAGAUCAUGCUGUUAUAGGAGGAAUAGUAGCUGUUGUUGUCUUUGUCACAUUAUGCUCUAUAAUUCUUCUUGGUCGAUACCUGGCAAGACAUAAAGGAACAUAUUUAACAAAUGAAGCUAAGGGAGCUGAAGAUGCACCUGAUGCGGAUACAGCCAUUAUCAAUGCAGAAGGCAGUCAAGUUAAUGCAGAAGAGAAGAAAGAAUAUUUCAUAUAGAUGCAGACUUAGAUUCUUUGAACAUCACUACUCACAAGGCUGACUCUUGGAGAAAACUGGCUCUCAUCUUUCUGAAUUAAUUUAUCAUGUCUCCUUUCUACCCUUGUUAAAGUGCAUAAUUGCAUAAUUGCUCUCAGUUGCCAGUUUGUACCAACAAUCAGCCAUGAACAUAUUUUUUCUUUAAUUAUGAUACCAUUCAUAAUGCAGGACAUUUCUUAUUGCCUAAUCAUCAUAUACAUUGCUCUUUUAACAUACAGUGCUUGAAUAUACAGCCUUAACAAAUUUAAUCAUCAUCUGUUCACAUUUGGUUCUUCUACAUUUUUAAAGAAAGUGUUCUUUUUCUUUUCUUUUAAUAUGGUCCUCACCUAUAUUGCAUCAGACCAUUUUCAUAGCAAAUGUUCUUAGGUGAGGACCUAAAUGUACUUACAUAAACCAUUACAAGUAAGAUUAGAGGUUUACAAAGAAUGUUUUAUAUAUCGUCUGUAAUUCAAAAUCAGCCGAGCAUUGAAACAUUAUGCCCUAAGAAACACUAAUAGAAUCAUUCUACUAUAAUUUCUUGUGUGUUUGCAAAUGGCAGCAAAGGAGUAUGAACAGAACUUUUAUUUAAUGAAAUACUGGUAUUAAAAGCAACUUCUGUGUGGUAAUCAACACCAUACACUCCUGUCUACACAGAAUCCAAGGUGAUGGAUUAUGUAGCUCCAUUUUGAAAAUGGUUGUCCAGCUCUUUGACUGCUCCUAGAAUCGUAAAGACUUCCAUAUAUAUUUCUAUAAUUUGUAUUCCUUUUAAUUUAUUUGCUUCAUGUGGGUCUAUCUGCCUACUCAAAUUGAACGUGUUCAUGGGGCAAAACUGCAAGGCAUUUUAAUAUCUGUAUAUAGUGCAUAUAAUAAAUCCAAUUAAACAUUAUUUGAUACAUAUUUAACUUUUGGGGCUGUAGGUAAGUCAGUCACAAGUAAGCAUUUUCUAAUGUCCAUUAUAUCCCUUUAGAUAUAACUUAAAUUAAUAUUCUGAGUAGAUAACAUGUAUUAGUAUUUUUUGUCUGUAUGUCCUAGCACUGUUCAGCAACAAAUUUUUCUAGUUCCAGUUAAUUUCUCUUUGUUAUACAAUGGAAGCACAAUGUUAUAUGGAAAGGUAGUUUUAAGCUAACAACCAGUGCACAGCCUCAGGUUUUGUCUUACAACCACAUUAAUGAUUAAAUAUUAAGUUACUAAAAAAUUCAAUAUAUAAUUUGGCAGUUCCAGAGCUGCUUAUCAAUGUUGGAUUUGCCAAACCCCAAACAGAAAAUGUUACAGCAACAGCUCUCUAUGUUUUGUGUAUAUGGUAAAUGACUAAUCCUUUAUAUUAAAUUUAUGUCUAUGCAUUUUGUGAGGUACAAACUUAUGUCACGGUGAAUGAUCAAGAAUAUAUGCCAUGCUUUUAGCUCCACAGUAAAGAUCUCUCUUUGAUAUUAUGUUGAGUGUGGGGCAAAGGACAGAUUAAAAUAAUAAUAUUUUUUUUUAAAAAAGUCUAAUCCAAAUAAAAUAUUCCUCUUCCAGACCAAAAAAAGGCAACAACAAAUAAAUACAAAUAAAAAUAAAUGAAAAAAAUAAAUAAAUGAUAAGCUCUCACUUCCUGGUUCCAUGUAAACAUAAUUGACUAAAAUUCUAAAAUUGUAGAAAUUCUUAUUUAUCUCCAAAGCACUGCAAACAUUUUAAAAAAUAAGACAAAAAAGAGGAAUACAUUUCUAUAUAGAAACUAUUACUGAUGAAGUCUAAAAGCAUAAUGGCCUAUUGUAAAGAAUUAAGUCCUGGGGUUUAUUUUUUGUGUGGGGAAUGGAAGGAGGGUGGGUAACAUUUGAAUAUGGCAUCAUGUGUCGCAGUCAAUGGAAAUCAAAGGUAUUGUGUCAGAUUAUUUAUCCGAAGGCUAUAGACCUUUUAAGGACAAUAGUAGUUUUCAAAUUGUUUUUGUUAGAAGGGGAAAAAUUACUUUGUUAAUUUCAAUGAGAAAAAAAAAUGAGCGAGCGAGAGAGAGACCAUCAAUCAAGCAGCACUUUUUCAAAGUAUACAGAACAUAAAUAAUAUGAUGUGGUUGAGUGUUAACAUAAUAAAUCAUAUACAGUAUGAUAUUUUAAAGAAAUACGUCUGCAUUGAUGUGAUUGCAUGCUUGUUUUUUACAGUUCAUUCAAAAAUCUGUGGAAAAAAAUGCAAUAAUAUGAUAAUCUAGUAUGGUAAUUUGAGAGAAUCAGGUAGAAGUACUAGACACAUUGAAGCUAGUAUAGGCUUAUAACAUUAGUCAUGUUUUCAAAAAAUGAUUUGUAGAACUAAGGUAAAGGCCAGCAAUGCACUUAAACAUGUGUUGAGGUGCCUUGCUGCAUUAGAAUUAUGUUUACUAAAAUUAUAUGCCUACUGGUGUUAUAUUUACACAUUCAUACGUUUUCUCAAUUCUAUUGUGUUUAAAUUAUGUAGAAAUACUUUACCUUCUUAUUCAUCCCUAUGAAAUAAGAUUUCUUUAGGCAUCUUUCAAUGUAAGCAUUUCAAAAUGUUUAGCUACUGUAGGAUACAGAAAACACUGGAAUUCUGCAACAGAGAUAGGAAUUAGACUGUUAAAUUUUGCUUGUAGUAGAUUUAAAAAAAAAAUCUUUCCUUGCACAUUGAGAUGUACAGCAGGUUAAAAGGCAAUGAGAAAGUUCACCAGAAUGAAAAAUUACUGUCUAUCAUCACUUUAUAGCACCCAGUUAAAUCAGAUGCUCUCAAUCUUUUAUUUGAGAGCAAAGGAAGCUUUUGGAGCAGAAUAAAAAAUACACUUUAUUUAAAAUGAUACAUUCCAUAAAUGAGCAAACUUUAAUCUGAUGAUUUUGGCCCUUAAUAUUACUCCACUUUUCUCUGUUUUAAUGUAUUCAGUCCCAUUUAGAUAAAAUAGCAAUAUUAUAUCAGAUUAUUUUCAAAAAUAAUGAUGACACUUUUUCUUACCAUUGUUUGAUUUUACAGCAUGAAACCCAGUUUCUUAUCCCAUGUAAAAACUCUUAUAUUUGGAACUAUAAUUCUAGUAAUGCUGCCUCAUUUUAAUCAGUGUCCUUCAAUUGUGUUGAUUUUGCACUAGCACUUGAGCAGAUCCCAAAUAAUUCUGCUUCCUAUUUCAGUGCCUUUUCUACUAGUACAGUUCAGAAAAACAUGGGAAAAGCCAGGUAGUGAGAGGACAUGGUACUUUCCAUGUUGGCCAAGAUAUUUGCUCUUAGGUUUGCUCUUAGGUACUUGAGGUACUAAAGCAGGGGUCCCCAAACUUGGCAGCUUUAAGACUUGUGGACUUCAACUCUAACAGCAUAGCUGGCUGGAGAAUUCUGGAAGUUGAAGUCCACAAGUCUUAAAGCUGCCAAGUUUUAAACUUCUUACUAAAGUACAGACUGUACUAAAGCUUCAUUACAAACCUUUGGUUUCUUAACCAAUUCCCUGGUUGCUGCAUAGCAGAGUCAUGUUGUCAGGGUGAUGGAAGCUGUAGGCCAAUGUAUCUGGAAGACUCUACCAGUUAGAAAAUGGCCUUGUGCAAUUUGAAUGUACAGUGUAAUAGGAUGAAUAAGAGGGACAUACACAUUUACAAGCUUUACCCAUCCAGGGGGAAAUGCAUGUGUUCAACACCCUGUAUAAUUUAUAGGAAUAAUAAAAGAAGGUGAUUAUACCAUUCUAAAUCCACUUUGGGAACUCCAAGUUUAGAUUAAUACAUUAGAAUAAGACACUAAAAUUUUAUGAUAAUCUAAUUGCCUGCUUUAUCAUAGAAGACAGGUAUAAAUAAUCAUGAUCUGAAGACAGCAACUAAUGAAAUUUGAACCAAGUUAGUUGUCGCUAAGAAUGUAUUUUUGUCAUCAAUCCAUCACAUCAAGUUGUUACUGAUUACUAUUGUUCUCUUUUGCGAUCAUUAUAAUUCUUUAUUUUUUUAAAUAAAAGUAGAAGAUGGCAUCUCAGAAUAUAUGGAUCUGUUAUCUUUCAUUCUGGAAUGCCAUUUGCAAAUUUAUUAGUUUCUAGAGCCAUCCUAACCCUAAUCCUAACCAUUUACCUGUUUUUCACAGGGAAACCAUCUUACACUGAAAUUUCCUGUUACUAAAACCAAAUGUGUAAAAAUCAUAUUACCAAUUAUUCCAGUGAAUUGGACAUCUUGAGUUAAUAAUUCCCAAUGUAGGCUACCUAUUUGUGAUGAAUCUCUCAGUGAAAAGAAACAAUGGGAGCUUAUAUAAUGUUUUAUUGUAAAAGCAUUGCUUACUAUGUAUUCAUACAUACAUUAGGCAUUUUGAUCAUCACAUAUGUUACGUGUGCUUCCAUGUAACAUUGCAGUUACUGUGUAAUUUAGUGCCACUUAUUAUAAAGUGUUACCAAGAGGAAUAUAAAAUUCUUACAUUUAUUAUUCCAUUGAAUAGUGGCAAUUCUAAUCAACUGAAAACAAAACAUGCAAUUACAAAGAAUUAUCAUGGUCACAGUAGUUUUCUCCAAAAUGUUCUUAAAUCUUAAAUCUUAUCUUCUUAAUCAUUAGAGAUAAUGAUUUAUAAUAAAUGUAAACACUUAUAUAAUAAUAAAUUAGCUACUAAGAAAUUAUGCGACUAAGCUUGAAAUAGACAUUAUCCAAGUAAUGCUUUGAGUUAAGUGGCACAAAGUACAUGCUAAAAACUAUGCAAAAAUAUAGGUGACCACAGUGUACUUACAUGUAAGUAUCUUGUGCUUUCUCUGUAUGGAUAUUGGAAACACAUGUAUUUAUAAUAUGAAUUUUGAUUAUUUUAUAAGGUAGGAGAUAAAAGCUUGCAGUUAAAAUCAUGAAUUAUUACAAUACAUGCAAAACUGUCAUCUUUAAAUAUGUAUAUUUCCCCAAUUCUUUAAUUUAUUGUGAUUUAUUUUUAAAACCUAACUAUCAAUCCAUUUGGUCUAUUUUCUUAUUUGGGUGUCAUAAGGCUCCUUUCAAAUACCUUUUGAUCAAAGACCUCUACCUGCUAAUACCUUUGCUGCCAGAAAGGUCUCAGAACUGCUUAGAAAUCUAUAUCUAACCCAAACCUGGCAGUUUUUGUCUUCCUUGAAGGAACCUUGCAUUCCUAGAUGCUGAAACGUUGCCAUUUGCUCUAGUAUUUUUAGUGUGAGCAGUGGAAAGACAGCCAAAGAAAUAACCUGAACCCUAUUUCACCGAAGUAUCUCACCUGGAAUUUCUGCUGUUUAUUUCCUAAUAACCCCAGAUAAUCUUACAUAGUGAAUACAAAAUGCUUCCAUCAAACAGCAGAGAAUGCCUUUUUCAUUAAGUUAUUUUUUCCCACAAAUGUAAAUUUAUAUAAUAUUGAUCCUUUUAAUUUCAUCAUUUUUUUCUAACACGAGCUUCCAAAAGCAUUUAAAGUAGUGAGAUAACAAAUAAUAAUAAUAAUAAUAAUCACAGAGAUAAAUAUUGUGAAAUUGAACCUCGCAAAGCUUCCAAACUUCAGCCAUAGCUGUCCUUCUCUGAAGCACUAUCAUUACUACUCAAAGCACUGAAUCACUUAAUCUAUUUUCUGUUGGUCAGUUGUAAUACAUUCCUAAAAUAAAUCUAAGGUUUAAAUUUAUUAUUAUUACUAUUAAUGAUGGUGUUUUUUAAUUUGUUUUUUUAACUGUACUUCUAUUGGCAUCUUGAGAUUCUUUAAUCAUCUGAAGAUUUUGACUUUGUAGACAUCAGGCUGCAGUGUAUAUAUGUAUCUGCUAUGCUUGUAGGACAUAAUGACUGGGCUAUAGUUUGUAUAAUGGAGAUUUCUGACUGACUUACAUGCAAAGGAUCCCAUAUUGGGUUAUCCAGGUAUCUUAAUCUUGGCAAGUAUCAUUUGAUGGCAUUGAUGCACUUUGGGUCUCCAGAUUGCUCAAGAGGAUUGCAUUGAAUUUCCUCACUUUUCACAAUUGAGCCAACUGAGGUAAUGCAUUGUGCCAUUGUUUUAAACAAAAUAUUAACGUUAUAUUUGUUAAAAUAAUAUCUUAUAUACAUAUUCAACAUAUAAUUUAUUUGAUUGAAAUUAUUUUACUUUCAGAUAAGAACUGUUCAGCUAACAGCAUUAUGAAGCAUUGCAAAUUAUGAAUAAACUGCUUUAAGGGUCAACACUGAAAGCUUAGGCUGCUGUCUGCUAGUUUCCUCAUUCUGAUAAUUGCCUAAUAAUGGUAACGGAAGCUAGUUUCAACAAAGAUUAUUCUAUAUAAAUAGCAUUUUUAUUUUUAUUUUAAAGUUAAUGGAAUGUAUUUCUGCUGUAAGGAAUUCUAGACAGGAAGGCAAUUGCCCCACUGCCUUGUAGGGCUCUGAAAAAUUAGGAAAAAGGAAAAACAAUCUUGUCUAGUAAAUCACCUUCUUUUGGUUAAUUCUAAAGCAAGUACCAACCACAAGCUGUGAUACCCUAAAUAUGAGUACACUUUUGUAAAAAAAAAAUGCUAUAACUUAAUGGUUUCAAAUAUUUUUUUAGAUUUCCUUUGUCAACUCCCUUUACAAUAAGUUUCAGUUAAGGAGCCAGUUAAGCAAAAUGUAUAGCUUUUCUGUCCCUUAGAACAUUUAUAACCCAUCUCCAUGUAUGCAAACGACAGUCUUCUAUAGUUACACACACUCAAUUCAUUGCUAAGUCAGACUAAGCCUUGUUUGACUGUCUUCAUUAUACAUGUACCAAGUCCUGCAUGAAAGUAGGUAGUAUAGAUAUAUUCUACAGACUAAGAAUACAUUAUUAGAGCCACAGGUUCAGUGCUCAGGUUUCUGCUGCAGAUAUCAUGUAAAUCUUCCUAAUGGCCAAUUUUAUCUUAUUUAUUAUCCUAUAGGAAAGAGGUAAUUAGCAGCCGGAUGCACAAAUGCUUGGGCAAGCUAAGUGGAAAAAAGAAAGCUGAAAGGAUAAGUAUGCUCAGUAUGAAGUACAUAUCAAUUAUUCUCAAGAAAUUUGCAGUCCAAUCUGCAUUUGAACAUUGCAAACCCAUCUCCAAGUAAUCAUUUUUUGUGCACCAAUUCAUUACUAUAGUGUGCUUAUAGUGUACAGCAUUUUCAGGACCCCAAAAUGCAUAGAAAUGUUUUGGGAAAGGUAGGAAUGAUAAUUCAUAGACAUCUGGAACAAAAACAGGGUAGCAAAGAAACUCCAGAGAAAUAAAGUAGUUUUCCAUAUCUUAGAAUAGAUAAAAUAUGUAGUUAUAAUUAUUCAAUUGUUUACUUUAAAAAUAUCCCAUAAUUAUUGGUACUUAUGCUACAAUAGUCACUUGUCAAAAUUAUUUCUAUCUCAAAGCUGUGAUAGGUAACAAAUUGUUACAUAUGCAUUUUGAGCAUUCUAGUUUUCAAAAAUUAUAUGUGAAAAUACACAGAACACAGCAAGAAACACAAAUUUUCUAAUCUAAUGUACAGUGAUUCAUGCAAUAAACAUCUUCAUAUAAUUUGUCUGUGAAGUAUGCUCAAGAACCUGCAUAAAAGAAGAGAAUUCCUUAUUGAAAACACUGGUAGUUCUGGCCCCAAUCCUUUAAGUUAGCUGAAGCCAACCUGGCAAAUUCCAGUUGAAUUUAUUAUAACACAGCUAUAGAAACUUUUCAGAUAAAUUAUUUUUACCUUUCUUUUUUUAGAAUGUAGACAAACUGCCAAAUUAACAGGCAUUUUCAUGUGGAUCCAGAAAUCAUUUUUUUCCCAAAAAGAUUUUAUUUUAGCACAAGAUUUACAAUCACUGUACUAAUCACAAAUGCACUAUACAUUAAUAUUUCUUUAUAGUAUUUCAACCUGAAAAGAUGUCUUAUUUAGAAAAAAUAUUUAUAAAAGAAUGAUGCAUUGAUAAGUAAAAGAUAGUAUUUUUUUUAUUCUAGAAACAUAGAUAAUCAAAUUAUACACUUUCUGUAAGCAUCUGAUUAAUUUAGCAAUAAUAUGUAUAUACUUUAAUUAUAUUUUAUAUAUUUUCUGCAUUUCCAUACUAUAAAGUGCAUGCAUACAUAUACAGACAUGCCAAAGGACUGCUUUCUUUUGAGACAAUUUGUACAAAUUCAGCAGAUCCUCAUUUUCUAUUACCAGCCUUACAAUUUUAUAGGUAAGAAAGCAGCACUAUUUUAAAAAAAACAACUCUAUGCACUAUAUAGUUUCCCAGCAUUUUCAAUUCAAAAUGCACUUUAUAGUUUGACCAAAAGUUGGGAUGUUCAAAGUUUUUUGCAAUUAGCUCUUCCUUCUUUCAAUCUUUUCUUCUUAAAAAAAACAAAAACCAAAACAAAUCUGAAAAGGGCAUUUUAUGAGUAAAUAAGGUGGUGAAUUCCAUUUGUCCCACUGACAUAGGUCUACAACUGCCAAGUUAUAAAGUAUUCCCCAUUCAUUUCAUUUUUAGGCUUUCAACUUUGGGGAAUCCACUUAUACGUUUUCAUUGUUAUAACACAUAAAAUAUUUUCUGUCCUAUCUGAUCCAGGACUGCUAGACCAAUGGGACUGGUAAACUCUUUCCCCAGGUUGGUAGCUAACUGAAAAGUGACUACAUUGGCCUAAGAACUACAGUGUAACUGACAUGCAAUUUCAACUAUGUUUUGGACACUACAUCACUUAAUUCCAUACAGAGGAAUUAAGAAUGCAGCACUGACAAUGGAAGCACAGUUCGCAUUAUUUCAUAAUUUUUACUGAACAAAAUGCAUAUUGUAAUGUUAAGUACAUGACACUUGCAUGUUGCUAUGCCUAUAUACUUUCAGAGUUUUCAGUGUGUACUUUGUGGCGCUUAAAAUGUCAUGUACAAUUUUUAUCAACAUUCUACAGGGUUCCCAUUUGCACUUCAUAUUUCAGUAAAGUCUUGUCAGAGAAUUGUCUGAAUAUUAUUAAAAUGAAUAAAAUUUCAAUUUUAGUUAUCUGUUGGACAUUACUGAAGUGUCUAUUCAUUUAAUACAUUUUGGAAUUCUUGAAUUUAAUAUGGAAUAUUAUCAGAGAGCAUAUUGGCAAAUGUGAGGAACACAAAGUAUCUUGAAUAAAUAUUAGCAAAUAUUAGAAAUAUUGAACCUUUCCCAAUAAAAAUGUUUCAGGCAUCUCUCAUAAAGAAGUACUAUGAAAUUGCUUACCCAAUAUACUUAACUAAGAGCCUUAUUGCAUGUAUUGAAAUAUCAAUUGGAUAAUAGCGCAAGAGGUGCAACUCUGCCAAAAUGGAGACUGAAAACAAAGACGAUCCAUCCAUCCCCUCAUCCAUCCAUCAGGAAGCAGAUCAGAGCACAAAAAGUAUCUCAGGUAACUUCAGAUUUACGUAGGCAACUUAGGGUUUAAUACAGAAGAUUUUGUAACUGUGCCAGCUCGACCAAGAGCAGGUGAAAUAUCAUAGUCCUGGUCAUGAAAAUAUCUCCAUGAUAUUAGCAUAUACUUUAAAUUAUAAAUAUGAAGCAUGUAAUAAUUAUAGCUUAACCUCAGAAGUGGAAUAUCCAAAAAUACUGCCAUAGACAUUGAAUAAAUUUGAUAGGAUACCAGAUAUUUUUUUAAAAAAAUUAAGGGAUCACUAAACAAGAGAACUUUAAAUCAAAUCAGACCAAAUACCAGUGCUUGCUUUCCAGCUAAAGCUAAAGAGGGAUGGUGUGAGAAUGGAUGGAUACAUGCAUAUUUGAAACAGGCAAACUAUGGCAACUUUAAUUCCCUUCCAACAUAUUGAGACAAAAAUCUGGGGAAAGAAGCAAAUAAAAUCUCCCUCUACAGCUUUUGAUCCUAAACUUAACCAGCACUAGAACUCUGAAACUAGAAGAUAUAGUAUUUGAUCAAGAAUAUGUUAUAUUAGAAUAUCAAUCAGCUUAUCAAAACAAUAUCAAGAAGAAACAAAAUCUGUGUAAAAGGCAAUUGGGAUUUAUAUAUAUGCCCCAUACAGCAGGGGUCCCCAACCACCAGUCCAUGGACUGGCACCGGUCCACAGUAUGCCAGCAACUGGGUCACACAAACAAGCAAAGCCCCAUCUGCGGGAUGCAGGCAGCAUGCAAAACCAUGCCACUCCAGUCUGCGGAAAAAUCUCCACUGAACUGAUCCCUGGUGGUCAAAAGAUUGGGGGCUGCUGCCAUUUUAAAUAGUAUUCUAACUUUAUUAUAUUGACUUUAUUAUUACAUCUACAUUUUGCUUUAGUCAAAAAGGGGGGAAAGUAUGAAAAUGCGGAGUAGGAAUAGGAGUUGUAUGCAUUUUUGGGGUAUCUCUGAGAACUUACUAUGCUAUAACUGCCAUAAUUACUUCAAACAGUAAUCAUGGCAGUAAACAAUAUGAAAUCACAUGAUAUACAUAUAUAAUUUGACUGCAGAUCAAAGAUUUUGCAAUCUAGCCAGCUUGCUAUUGAAGUUAAUCUAAACUGUUAAAAAACAUUUCUAGAGUAAUCACUGAUUCCAUUAAAAGUUGGACAAAUGUCUUGGGAAUUCACAAAAUGACAACUUUUCAGUCAUUUUCUAAAGUACCAGUUAGAUUGGGUGAUUGAUUUUCAUGGAUAGAAAUGUUACAGACACAGACGUAGACACAAGACUAGCAGCAACAAUAUUUAGAUAACAACUCAGGCAGAAGUCACCAGGGUUUGUGAACUUUCUUGGGAAGCUUAACUCGGAGUUAAAAUGGCAUCUUCCAGGGAAAUAGCUUGAAGUUGCCUCUCCUAGUUAUUUCUGCAUACAGUUCUUGCAGAGACAGCAGAAACUCCUUUUGAACUACAAAGAGAAGAAAAAAGGCUCACAAGAUAAAGCACCACUUCUCCAGUUUUGUUCUAAUGUGGGUAAGAUCACAGAAUCGUAUUGCUAGAAGAGACUGCUGGUCAAUAAUCUUUUAAUGGUAUGACAUUAAUUUAGUAUGUAAAAUUUGGAACCAAUUACUUGGUGUAUACUAUAGUAUCAACACUUGCUGCUAACUAUAUUAGAAUUUUUUGUACUUUUUUGGAAUGGUCAUGAUUCUUAUUGUUAAGCUUCAAUUUAAUGAGAAUUGAAAACUACUUCUAUUUUCUCCUGAAUUUAAUCUCAUGACUUUUCAUAUAGGAGUUAUAGCUACCUCAUUUACCUAAGAAAUAAAUAUAACCAAAAGUGAAUCUCACACAAAACCUUCUGUACUUAAAGCCACAGGCAGCUGUUUGGCUUUCCCAUAUGAUACCCAUUCCUUAAUAAACACCACAGGAAGAUGAUUAGGAAUAGGAGUGAUACCAAUCCAGUUUAAUCUGACAAUCUCACUUGCUCAACAUAUUGAACUGGAUCAUUUAAAAGUCCAUUAUAUAUUAUGAACUCUGAAAUAAAGUCAUUUCUGGACCAGGAUUAAUAUCCAGAUCCCCAUCCAGAGUCCCUGAGGUAAUUACACAGCACCUUAACUGAUUCAGCUAUGUUGUAGAAAAUCAAAAGUGAAAAUCAAUUUGGUCUUUUAACCUCUGAAUACAGAAGGAAGAUUUAGAACAGCAUUCCAAGAACAGGACUAUUCCAGGUAUUCCUUAGGAUUUUGUUUUUCUUUGUGUUAGUUUAUUACUUUAUGCUCUUUCACUAAGGUGAAGGACAGAGGACUUGAAAUGAGAGCAGAGACUUGAUAUGAUUAGUUACCUCUAAAUUAUCACUAGUUGCACAAGGUAAGUCAUUUGCCAAGAAAUUGCUGCAAAUGUAUUCAUGCUGUGUUAAUUUUUGCUUCUACAUCUUAUAAAUUUUUCUUGUUUGUUUUCAAUGCUUUAUAUUCCAUGUUGUAUGAGCUAUGUAUAAGUUGUACUUUGAAAAAUACUUGUGAAUUUCAUAGCUUACACUUUUUUGAUAUGGAAAGCACUGCAUAAAUAAGUUAAGAGAUAUAAAAGCUUAUCUUUGCUUUAUGAUAACCAUCCAUAUUGUGCUUGAUAAAAAUGUUUUGUUUUUUCAAGUUUAUAAAACAUAACCUCAUGAAUCAUUGCUUGGUGACUCCAAUAUUCAUUCCUAAGAUGCUAUCAACAUGUUUUGGUUGCAGCUUUAGGAAAAUGAAUGCCUUACUGUGUAGGGCUGAAUUCCUGAAAUAAGUAACUUAUUCGGUAAAUAGCAGACAAUUCUACAUAAUUUUGGAAGGGCUACUGGAAAUGACCUACCUCUAAAUAGGACAUAUUACAUUUUAAGAGAAGAAAGAAAAAAUACUAGUGAAAUAAAUACUGGUGAGUUAGUUAUUAUUUUUUUCCACUUCUUCAUUUUGUUGAAACAAUGUUCAUAUUACAAUUCAUCCAAUAACUUCCAGAGUGGUAAACAGUAUACCUCCACACAACAUAUAUAUGUCUGUCCGUAUGUGUGUGUGUGUGUGUGUGUGUGUGUGUGUGCAGUAUGUACUCUGUCUGUUUGUGUGAAUGAGAGUGUGUGUGUAUGUUAAAAACUAAAAUAAUUUAGUCAAACUAAAAGACAUAAAUAAAAAAGACGUAAAUAAAAAAGUUUUAACCAAGCACCAAUAUAAUCAAUAUUUACAUCCUCUUAGGAAUAAAGUCUUUGAAAAAGCUAUCCCCUUUGUAGUUACAUAGCAGUCUUGCACUAAUCAAUUACAUGACUAAGAAUGUCAACAAAAUAUCCAAUUCCAUUUCUACUAAUCUGAAAGGAAGAUUUCCCUUAUAGCAAUUAAAAAUUUCUCUUCAUCUCAGUUUGAACUGAAUUGCUAUUUAUAAAUUUUCUCAUAAGUUUUGUUUUCAAAAUUCUGCUUAUACAUCAUAGAUAUAUUGCAUGCACAUUAUCUUAUGUUUUCUAACUAUGGAUUGCUUUAUUCUGGAUGCAUUAAGCUACAGACUAGACAGACUUCUAUUUGAUCUGUUUCAUCUUGAUUUCCUAUACAGAACAGAAGAUUGCAUUUGAUGGCAACUUCCAACUGUAUGUUUCUUAUAUUGUUUUGAUUAUUAUAGUCUUCAAACUAUUGUUUGAACUGAUUUGCCCCAAUUUAUAUGCUUCGAUGGAGCAUACACUUUAAGAGAUCUGAAGGAACAAUUACCACCCCCCAAAAAAAGGUGCUCUCCAAAUCCAUGGUGCACAAAUUGGUAUCAGAAAGUUUAUCACUUCAGGACAGAAUAAAGAGAUGUAGGUUUGAAAGUGACAUACAAUUCUGAUACAGUGAUACAAAUCAUACAAAGAUAGUGAUUGCAUGCUUCUAGGGAUACAGGUUUGCUACCAUGGCUGGAAUGGAGAAAAAAUGCAGUACGAAAACUACAGCUAAAAAUCAGUGUCAAAUUGUCAAUGCCACAUGACAAUCCAGAACUGAUCUCGAUAAAGAAUCAGCUAGUCCAACAAGUGAGGCAAACUUUGGUCUAAAUUAGUAGCUCCUAUGCUUCUA